AUCGGCGAGAACAUGAGUCACUUAUACUAGCAAACAUUGCGAUUUCGUUUCUACGUUCUAUAUCCAUGGCAUACCUUUUUAUAAUUAUUUUUGAUCGUUGAGAAUGUUCCACGUUUAUCGAUCAGUGGUGUGACACAUGACCUAACCUUGACACCCACUCGAAUGAGCUAGGUCAAAUACUCUUUUUUUAUGCCAAAAGUUAUCUCCUUUGUUCAAUGCGUUUCGUGUAGGGACAGAAAUUAUUUUUUAUACCUGGCAAUGAUUUAUAAAGAUGACUGGGAGUUUUGAGUUACUUCAUUCCUUUGUAUGAUUUUGCGUAAUGUCAUCGUAAAUAAACAAUGCACACCACGUGGGAAUUAGCGGAAAUUAGAAAUAACAAAUUUUACUACAUUAUAUAUGAAUCCAGAGGUGUACACAGUUCUUCCUCCAGAGGAUGCAAGCGAAGAUGAAGAUGUCGAAGGAGAUUGCGUCGGAGAAAUGUUAGACCUCCAUAGAAGAUCUAUCAUAGAAUCACAGUCCAUUGAGAAACACGAUGAAGAACCGGUGAGCUGUUACUGCAGUGCAUCACACACAGACAACAAUUAUUCCACAGAUGAACAUGACUCUGUUCGUGAUUCGGCUCAUCGUCCCGUCGCGCAUUCCCUCACGCAAAAGUUUGGUCUGCACCAAUCCGAUUCCGGUGCAGACUUGUCUGAAUACCAUGAUCAACAAGAAGCUAAAAGCAUACAAAAUCUGCUGGCAUCUUACGGAAAGACUUUCCAUAGUACAGAUGCUGAAUUGGAAAGUGAGAAAGUGAACAUACAGGCCCAGCAUCAAGAAGAAGAGAAAGACUUAGGAUUUGAAUGUAAAACAAUAGAUAUUCACCCGUCAGAUCAUCUUGCAAAUAACAUUGACGCUAUAAAUUACGAUCCAUCCAUUUGUAAUGAAAAGAAAUUUUAUCUAGAGAAUCCGGUGUGUACUGUAAAGGAAACGGAUUUGGAGAUCCAUAACAUAUUUAAGAAUGUUUCUCUGAACGAUACGCGAACGUAUAACAAAGACAUUAGGUAUAACAAUAGCUCUGAUAAUUAUCCAUAUUAUUCUAUCUAUUCCAAAACUAAAAGUGUAAUGGAUAUAGCAUGGGAUAAGUAUUGGUCUGAGAACGGUGAACGUAUAAUAUGGACGUCUUGGAUCGAGAAGUACGCGGAUUAUAUAAAUCCGGAAUAUUUCCAACACAAUUCUUACUUAAUAAACGACAAGAGAUUGAAAAUGAGGGAAACCAUCGAGAAAUUCUCAGAGCAGAACACGUGUUUUCCUAGUCAAGCGCACAGAAAUUGCGAACUUGAUCGCUCAAAUUUUGAAGGGAUAUUUAGCAAAAAUAAUAGCACUGGUAAUAACGAUUUGAAGAUUAAAGACAUGAGUAGCAUUAAUUUUUCGUUCGACGAUAUAAGCAGGCCAGAGGUGAACGACAAAGACGCGGAAGAGAAUAGAAAAAGACUGACGAGUUUCGAGGUCUCGCCAGAAACUGGAGAUGGUUGGAACCCACUGAGUCCGUUCAGUAUGGAGGAGAGUUACAACCAACAAUCCAAUGCAGAAGAUGAGAGACUUUUAACGAGGUGUGAUUCUGUUAACGAGUCUAUAGCAAAGACGAACGCGACAUCAGAUUCUAUGACGAACGUCACGAAAAUGACACUCUCUAGUUCUAGUUGCGACUCCAUUUCGACUCAUUCAUCUAGUCUCAUCAGUUCUGUAACGAGUUCCAUUGAAAGCAAUAUAACAAAUAGCAGUUCUGAUCAAGACAAUGAUCAAGAAUAUGUAACAGAAGAUAAUGAUAAGUAUUGGCAGCAUUUAUGGAAGGACAACUUCCAGAUAGAGUACCAGAGCCACUAUAAACUGUUUAUAGACGAAUACAAAAAGGAGCAGUUUGAGAUUAGCAGUCGAGAAUAUAGUCAGAAACGUAAUGAAAGAGAUAGGAAACAAGAUGAAAGCGAUGAGAGCAUAGACAAACACUUUAUUAUUCACGUGAGACCAGAUAAUAGAACUUAUAAUUCUGAAAAUAGAACCACGUCUAAGAAAAGUUUGUCUCAUAAUAAGGACGAGAAGAUAAAGAAACGACUAAUCAUGGAAUCAGUAGGCGUGCUCAUCCAAAAUUUAACCAUGAAAUCAGAAGACAGUGAGCCUACAGAUAAAAAUGAGAAGUCCAACGAAAUGAAAUCACAAAAGAGUGAACAAAAUGAUCAGGCUGUAAUUAAACAAAAUGAAAAUAAUAUGAUAGUUUCUAAUGAAACUGGUGGCAAUAAUACUAUCCAACGAAAGUACUCUGAUGAUGGAGAUGGAGAUAAACCUAAUGAGGAUAAACCUGUAACAUUAAAGCGGAGCCAUGAAGCUGAUUAUGACGACGCGGAGGAGGGUCUAGAAUCGGUGAAAAAAGCGUUUUCACUGAUGGGUUAUACUUUCAACGAAAAUAACAAGCAAUCGAAUUUGCAAGGAGAAGUCGUAUACAGGAAAAAGAAUAUUAGGUUACAAAAUAGGCAUUUAAAAAUGAAAUGCUAUAGAUCUAAGCCAGUAAAUAAACAUAUGUAUUUCGAUGAUAACGGAGUGGAAAUUACUAAUACUAUAGACAAAGUGAAGCAUUAUCUAUCUUAUUGUCCUCCUCUAUCAUCGACAGAAACAAAGUUACAACCCUCUGAAAAAGGUUCCUACACAGCACAAUUUACAUCAAGUUCUGAUGAUGAAUGUGACCCUAGCAUUAAGACAAAGUUGCAAACGAAACGAUUUGUAUUUAGUAAGGCAACCAUAAGUCCAGUAGAAUCAGGAACAGAGAAAGAACAAUUUGAUAAUGCUUUGAACAUAUUCAAUAAUCAGGAUGAUGUUUUCCGUAAUAUUGAAAAUGAUGAUAUGUAUCUUGAACAAGAUGGGACGAGUGACUCUACGAAAUUCAUGUCGGAGGGGCAGCUUCCGGAACAAGUCAACGAGAGUUUCGUUGCAUUAAAUACUAACAUGGAUAUAGAUGAAAACAACAGUAACAACGAAAUGCAAAGUAUGAAAUUAUCAGACGAGGAUACCGUGAAGAAAACACAAAAGAAGAAACGAAAGAAGCAGUCUAAAAGAAACAUAAACUUUCCAGUAGAAAUAGACAAUGACAAGACUUUAAUGAAAUACUGGUUGAAGAGAUACCGUCUCUUCAGCAAGUUCGAUGAAGGCAUUAAAUUAGAUCGGGAGAGUUGGUUUUCUGUAACGCCAGAAAAGAUUGCCGAGCACAUAGCCGAAAGAUGCAAAUGUGAUACCAUAAUCGAUGCGUUCUGUGGCGCAGGAGGAAACGCUAUUCAAUUCGCUUUUACAUGUGAGAGAGUACUCGCGAUAGAUAUAGAUCCAUCUAAGAUCGAAAUUGCACGAAACAAUGCACGCGUCUAUGGUGUUAACGAUAGAAUAGAAUUCAUCGUCGGAGAUUUCUUUAAACUCGCACCAAAGUUAGUUGCGGAUGUUGUGUUUCUAAGUCCCCCGUGGGGCGGACCCGGAUACGCCAAGAAUGAAACUUUUGAUCUCAGUAACAUUAUGCGUCCAAUCGGAGGAGUGGAUUUAUUUAAUAUAGCAAGAAAAAUCACAGAUCAUGUGGCCUACUUUCUACCUAGAAAUGUAGAUACUAUGCAGCUUGCCAUGUUAGCCGGGGUAGGUGGUGGUGUAGAAGUGGAACAAAACUUCCUUGACAGAAAGUUAAUAGCUUUAACGGCGUAUUAUGGCGAACUGCCCAGGGACUGUUAGUUGUGAUAUGAUGGGUAAUUUAUGAGACGAUCUGUAUCAGCUGCUUAAAAAAGGGAAACUUCUCACGUUUCAUGAAUUAUUAGCUGUAAAUAAUAACUCGUAUCAAUUUGCUUAAGUUGCUCUAAAUAGAAGCAGUAUUUCUUAUUUCAUUUCAUAUGUUCUUUUAUGCAAUCCAGAGGAAAAGACAAUUCGCUUAGUGCUAUAUUUUUUAAUCAUUGUAACCAAUCCUAUUUAAAAGUCAUACGUCUGUAUAUGUCCACCAGUCACCAUUCUCAUAAG